AUUAAUUCUCUUUCAAACCCUUCGCCUAAAUCAUCACAAUCAUUAAACUCAACAUCUAAACAAUUCAAUGAAAAUAAUAUACCAUUUAUAAACCUUUACCAGUUGAUACAAUUUUGUGCUUUGGAUAUAAUUGGUGAAACGGCUUUCGGUGGAUCGUUUAACAUGGUUGAGAAAGAAUGUCAUCCGUUACCUAUAAAAAUAUUUGAAGAGAUGAAAAGAAGAGUCAUGUGUUAUACAUUCCCUUAUUUAAAAAUAUUCUUUAAAAAAGAUCCUUGGUGUGAUGAGUUUGUAUCAAAAAUCGUAAAAAAUCGAAUAGAACAAAACUCAAAGACAGCUGAACAACGUGUUGACAUUUUACAAAUUCUACUUAAUAAUCAUAAUCCGUUGAAGCAAUCCUCACCAACCACACCU